AUGAAUUAAAAUUAUGAGAAGUAUGAUGAAAAUUUCUAAAUGAUACAAAAACUUGAGGAACGCAAGAUUAAACAAAUAUUCUCUGAUAAUCUCUCCUUGUCUACACCAGCAUUUUUGAACACGUAGCGUAAAUAAACGGAUAUUCAAUACAUUCACAAAGAGAGAGCCAUCUUGGAUGUGCGUUUGACCAAUGUCAUUUAACUUGACCUUUGUCAAUUCCACUAUAUUGAAGUGCCUUUAACUGGUCACAAAAAGCCUCUUGUAAUCUGUACAUAUAUCAUGAUAAAUAGUAGAUUUCUAAUUCACAGAUUAAGCCAAAAUGAAAUUUUACAUCUCAAGUCAUACCAUAACUCCGAACAGAUUCAACAAUGAGGAAUCUUUUGAAAGAAAACAAAUUCUGAGAUAUACUGAAUAGGGUGAACACAUACUCUUCACAUAACGUUGUUUGUAUCUGGCAAUCUUUUCAUAAUAAGCUACCACUAUCUAUGCCAAGGCUUCUUUUGGAAUUAAGCCACAACAGCAACAAAAAAUGGAGACCGAAUCCAAAUUAAGACCGUCCACAGGCUAUCAAUUCACAAGGUCCUCCUAAUUCUUCUUCACCAGGAAACCCUCUAAAGACAUGAUAUCACUCAACAAGAAUAUUGAAUAAUAUUAGCCUGAUAAAAUGAAACUAUAGCAGAACCUAAGAAGAGUUCAAUCAGCUAGAAAAUUAUCAGAAACUCUACACAAAAAAAGAUAAAUAUUUGAGGAGAAGAAAGAAACCUUGAGAGAACGGUUCGAGUUCUAAGAAAAGAAAAAGAUACUUAAAGAAAUCAUUCUGUAUAGAAAUAAUAUCGACAACUUUUUAAAAUUCCAAUAAAAAUUAUGGCUUCAGAAUCUCUACUUCAUUUAAUUGGUAUCCAUCAUUAAAAGGCGAUAUUACGUAAAUUAACAUCCCAUUAUUUAGGAUAAUAUCAUUUUUUAAUUUAAACAAUCCAUCAAGAAGAGAAGGCAAUACAGAGUUCGGUAAGUGUUAUAAAGAAUGUUGUAAAAGUCUGGGAAAGACAUUUAUCAAAGAACAAUAUUUCAGGGUCUUUUAAUUUUGAGAAUGCUAUCGAAAGUUAAGGAAAAGGGGGCUAAAAAGAAGGCGAAAAGAAUGGUGUAUACUUUUAUGAUGAGUUACGGAUAAAUUGGUGAGAUAUUUUAAAAAACAUAUUAAUUCAAAAGAAGAAUGAGAAAGAUCAUAGAAGUUUAUAGAAAUUAUCGAAAGAAGGUCUAAGCAUAUGCCAAUAGGAUCAUCAUGCUCUGGAAUAAGUAUUGGAAUCAAAUUUAUAUGGAAAUAAAAAAGGAAGAUUAGGAAAGUAAUUUAUCAUGUUUAUUUCUUAACUUUAGAAGUAAAAUAGAUUAAAGUCUAAAUGUAAAAGACUAUAAUUAAUUAUCAUAUUGAAGAGGAGAUUGUGAAAUCACCAUAUCUAGACAUGUAUUUUUCAUAUAUACAAUUGUUAGUAAGGUAUAAAGUGUAAUUGUAAAUAACUAUUAUAAAGAGAUAAAAAAUUUAUAUAUAAGGAAAUGGAGGGUCUUAAAAAUUAAGGUAAAAUCAUCUAAGUUUUAAACUUUGAUGGCCACUUAAGCAUUUGAUAAGAAGAAUGAAUUAUUAUUAUUUACUAUUGUAGAUAAAAGUGUUUUAAAAUAAUUAAUCUAUAAGUAUAUGUAGGAAAAAGGGAUGAUAUAAAGUUUGUUAUUAAAGAAAAAUUGA